AUGGCCACGGAGUCGGUCAAGCGAGACUCGGCCUUUCGGGACUGGCUUGCUUCUAGACAGGCCCGCCCGGCGUUGCGUAUCGGCCUGGCCUUCCGCAACCUCUGCGUGCAUGGAUUCAUCGCAUCGAACGGGCUUCAACAUACCGUCUCCUCAUACCUUCUUUCCCUCCCACGGUACGUCGUCGACCAGCUUCUUCGAAGGCGCGGCAGUCGUGUUGAGAUUCUCGACCAGUUUGACGGUCUGGUAAACCAUGGCGAAAUGCUACUUGUUCUUGGCCGCCCCGGCAGUGGCUGCACAACCUUGCUCAAGACGAUCGCUGGCGACACACAUGGCAUUUUCGUAGAUCGAAAGAGUCGGAUCAAUUAUGAGGGAAUCCCCUAUCCUGAGAUGCACAGGCUCUUCAAGGGCGAGAGUGUUUACCUUGCCGAGCUUGACGAACAUCUACCUGAGCUUACGCUGGGCAACACCCUGACCUUCGCUGCUUCGACUCGCGAGCCGACCUGGGGACAGCCAGUCCAGUCACCCAAAAUCAGUGCCGACAUCUCUAUCCUCUUUAGCCUUGAAGGCGCGUAUGAUACGUUUAUGGGAAACGCGCUGAUCAGGGGUGUCAGCGGCGGCGAGAAAAGACGGACGAGCAUUGCUGAAGCUCUCGUUGGUGGGGCUCCCUUGCAAUGUUGGGACAACAGUACCCGUGGUCUCGACAGCUCAACGGCAUUGGAGUUUGUCAGCCUCUUGCGCAGACUUACCGACGAAAGCCACUCUACCGUCUUGAUGACUGUUUAUCAAGCUUCUGAGAACAUGUAUCAGAAAUUCGAUAAGGUCACCGUCUUGUAUGAAGGCCGUCAGAUAUACUUCGGCCCAGUUGAGCUUGCAGCCCAGUACUUUCAGGAUCUUGGCUUUGAAAGGCCGCCCCACGCGACGACGCCGGAUUUUCUUACCUCUCUGACCAAUCCCACUGAGCGUGUCGUCCGUGAAGGCUUUGAGGGUCGAACACCUCGUUCUCCUGAUGACUUUGUCAAGGCCUGGAAUAAGAGUAGUCUUCACGAUCAACUCAUAUCGGAUAUUGAAAGCUUUGACGCGGCUCAUCCAGUUCUCGAGAAGGAGGAGACAAAUAAUAAAAGCAAGGCGGGAUGGCGGAAUAAACUCGCUCUAAGGACUUCAACAUACGUCAUCUCUCUUCAUCUCCAGAUCUUGCGUUGCCUCCAGCGAGCUUUUCAGAGACUCAAGAACCAGCCCGGGCCGGUGAUUGGGUCCAUUGUUGCCAAUAUCAUUCUUUCUUUAGUAAUCGGCAGUGCAUUCUACAACCUGCCCCAGGAUUCCAAUAGUGUCGAUCGACGUGCCGUUCUAAUAUUCUUCUCUUUGCUCUAUACGGCACUUGCUCCUUCAUUCGAGAUCCUCCUCAUGUGGAAACAGAGACCUAUAGUUGAAAAACAUAAUCGGUAUGCUCUUUACCACCCUGUCGCCGAUUCUGUCGCUUCAAUUAUAAGCGACCUUCCGAACAAGCUCCUCAGUGCCGUGGUCUUUCAGACUGUGUUGUAUUUUUUCACCAACUUGCAGCGCACGCCAGGGGCGUUCUUUACGUGGUUUCUAUUCAAUUUCGUGCUAGUGUUGAACAUGUCAAUGUGGUUUCGUUUUGUGGGUUCGAUCUCUCGCACACUCGAACAGAGUACCGUCCCCACGACAAUUCUGAUUUUACUCGCCGCCAUCUAUGUGGGCUAUGUUGUCCCUGUUCCCUAUCAGGUAGGGUGGCUAAAGUGGUUUCGUUUCGUUGACCCUAUCGCAUAUGCUUAUGAGAGCUUGAUGAUUAACGAGUUUGGGCAUCGCCGGUUCCCUUGCUCUCAGCUACUGCCUAGUGGUCCAUCAUACGCGGAUGUCCGUCUACAAGAUCAGAUUUGCUCUACUGUUGGGUCAGUUACGGGGCAAGAUUAUGUUGAGGGAAACGCUUAUCUUCUUGUGAAGUACGGCUAUUUGCCCAGUCACAAAUGGCGCAACCUUGGCAUCCUUAUAGCAAUGAUAUUCAUUGUGUUCGGUUUAUAUCUACUGGCUGCUCAAUAUGUACCUGCCCAGUCUUCGAAAGGAGACAUAGGUCGUUUUCGACGCCCAAACUCCCAAUGGAAGAAGUUUCGCAAGCCAGACUCCGGAGAGGAACAUGGAUCGCCUAGGUUCGCGCAAUAUUUUGGCGAGCAACAUGUUCGCAACGUUAAGAGUGAGAACACGCAACAAAUCGUGGCACCCAGCAUUUUGAAGCAGUCUUCCGUAUUCCACUGGAAUAGUCUGACUUACGAAGUCAAGGUUGGGAAAGGCAAGACCAAGAAGAUCCUAGAUGAUAUCCAGGGAUGGGUAAAGCCUGGAACUUUGACUGCGCUGAUGGGGGUAACUGGAGCUGGUAAAACAACACUCCUAGAUGUGUUGGCAAACCGCGCCAAUUUCGGAGUUGCUCGGGGGGAGAUCUGCAUAGACGGGCAAGAAAGGGAUGACAGUUUCCAGAGAAAGAUAGGGUAUGCCCAGCAGGAGGAUAUUCAUUUGUCCACUGCCACUGUUCGCGAAGCUUUGGAGUUUAGCGCCUUGAUGAGACAGCCCGAAGCCAGCAAAGAGGAGAAAUUGUCUUAUGUUGACAAUGUCAUCCAGAUUCUUGAUAUGGAGAGCUAUGCCAAUGCUGUUGUUGGUGUACCAGGUGAUGGUCUUAAUAUUGAGCAGCGCAAGCGACUUACAAUCGGCAUCGAACUGGUGGCUAAGCCAGAGCUGUUGAUAUUCUGUGACGAGCCGACCUCAGGCUUAGACAGCCAGACAGCAUGGUCUAUCUGCACCCUACUCCGGAAGCUUUCGGACAACGGACAGGCAGUCCUAUGCACGAUACACCAACCAUCAUCGCAGCUGUUCAUGUUGUUUGAUCGGCUGCUCCUAUUGAACAACAAAGGCCAGUGCGUCUACUUCGGAGAUAUUGGCAAGGACGCCUCGACGCUAGUGUCCUACUUUGAAGAGCGUGGUGCCAAACCCCCCGCCGCCGGGGCUAAUCCCGCCGAAUGGAUGCUGCAAACAACUAGCAGGGAAACGACGGAGGAAUCUAAAGAACUGUCGCCAAGUGAGUUUUGGGCCCGGGAAUGGUCUACUAGCAAGCAGAAAGAAGAUGUCAGCCGCCGCCUCGUCGAACUCAAGAAUGGCGAUGCAGCCGAAAAGGUGGUUGGUGUAUCGGAGCAAAAGUCGUACGCGACGCCAUGGCUCUUCCAGAUGGUUUCUGUGACGAAAAGGAUAUUCCAAGAGUACUGGAGACGGCCAGUCUACAUAUACUCGAAAUACGCGUUAUGCAUCGGAAUCGCUCUCUUUGACGGGCUCUCUUUCCAAAACACCCGGCUCGACCUCCAAGGUUUCCAGAACCUCCUCUUCUCUAUGUUCCUAUUAACGCAGAUCUUCGGGACAAUGGACCAACAGGUGAUUCCAAGGCUGAUGGACGGGCGGGCCAUCUUCGAGGGCCGCGAGCGGCGAUCCAAGACAUACCACUGGACCGUCUUCCUGGUGUCCAAUGUCAUUGUCGAGUUCACGUGGCAGUUACUGGCCUCGGCGCUCAUCUUUGUGAUUUGGUACUAUCCCACAGGCCUGUGGCGGACCGGCGAAAGCGAUGCAGCGUUCGGCAUGGCGAGCCGCGGUGCGCUAAGUUUCAUCACUAUUCUCCUCUUCUGCUACUGGAUCAUCACCUUUUCGCAGGCCCUCGGCUCCGUCAUCGAGCUUGAAGAGAGCGCUGUUCAAGUCGCAACGCUGCUGUUCUAUUUCUCAUUGGUGUUUUGCGGAGUCUUAGUUUUUCCAAGAGACCUCCCUGACUUCUGGGUAUUCGUCUGGCGCGCAUCACCACUGACUUAUUUCGUUGACGGGCUCUCUCUUGCGGGCCUGUGGAAUGUGGAUCUGACCUGUUCGCCGGCCCAGAUUCUGCGUAUCCCCGCCCCUAGCACUGCUGGUAAUGGUUCGAUGAUGACUACCUGCGGCGAUUAUCUAGCGGAUUUUGCAGAGCAGAACUUCGGCGCCGUUAUGAAUCCGUCGACGACCACGGGCAGUUGUGAGUACUGCCCGCUCGCAAACACCAAGCCUUUCUUCCAGGAGACGCUCCAGGUCUCGGGCGAUAAUCCUUGGUAUAAUGCGGGGUACCUAAGUGUUUUUAUUGUUUUUAAUAUUCUCGCAAUGUUUGGCCUGUAUUGGGUCACUCGGGUAAGGGGUAAGAGUGGUGGUCUUUCAUAA